GACCUGAAACUUGUGUGCGCUGUGCGAAAUAGCGCAGAGCCAAAUGAAACGAUUUCGGGGCGAAACUUUGUCGGAGACUCAGACGAAUUUACGAAACAUUUUAACAAUUUACCAGAACUCUCUACACAUGUCGCUGACAUUGAAUCGCCUGUUCCGGCCUUUGAUCAACAUUCAGUUCCUUGUGGCGUCGCUGCUUCUGUGCGUGCUAAGCUAUCAGCUGUCUGAAAAUCUAGCCCAGCUGGAGGUCCUACAUUAUGCUGCAUUCACUAGCUCCAUUCUGGCCCAGAUUUUCCUCUACUGUCACUGCGGUGAGCAUCUCAAAGAGCAGAGUCAACAAUGCACUUGGCAACCCUUGAAGCUGACGAUGAUGCGAGCUCAGCGUGGCUAUCGCAUCGAUGGCCAUUUUGGAGACAUUCAUGUCGGUAUGUUUUCUUUACAAAUAAAUAGUUGUGUGCCCUCUGUGUGAGUUUUUAUGCAUUGUGGAUUAUAAAAACAGCCAUAUCUUACUUCAGUUACUACGCUCAAUUUCUGA